GGGCGGCUGGCGGCCCAGCCUGCGGCUGGCCACGCUGCUCAUGUCCAUCCGGCUGCUGCUGGCCGAGCCGAACCCGGACGACCCGCUCAUGCCCGACGUGGCCCAGGAGUACCGGCUCCGGCGACCAGAGUACGAACGGAAGGCAGCCGAGAUGACAGCAAAACAUGCCAUACCCAAGGCGGUGCUCGGCUCCAUCGAGAACCGAGCACGCUCAGCUGGCGCCGAGCCGCCGUCCGGCCAGCCGGUAAGCGGCUCGUGCGGCGCGCCCAGAGCCCUCAGACGCCCGCUGGAGGACGGCCCUGUCGGCACUAGCGGCCUGUGUCGGCAGGCGCAGGGAGCGGCCUGA